GCCGCGGGAAAGCCAUAUAUAAAGAGGAUCACGUACUACUCGUCCUCACAUUCUACCCCAAGAAGGCGAUAUAAUAUAAUUACCAAGAUAAAAUAAACAGAACAAAACGCGGACGAUGAAGUGGCUCACGUUACUUGCCGUCGCCAUCUUGGCUGUAGGCUGCCACGGGUGCGAGAGCGGCUGGGUAGACAUCGGGGGCAUAUGCUACGGCCUCUUCACGGAGAGCAUGCCGUGGGCCGACGCCAGGAGCUUCUGCCAAGGCCACGGCGGAGACCUGGCAAAGGUGGCCGACGCCGACGUGCUCAGGAAACUGUAUGAGUACAUCAUGACCUAUGGUCUGAGCGGGAGCUACUGGCUGGGCGCGUCCGACCUGACCUUCGAGGGCGACUGGCUGUGGGUGCAGGACAACAGCAGGGUAGACCGCGGGACGCCCUUCUGGGCCAUCCACAGCGGACUCUUCGGCUGGGACCACGAGCCCAGCGGCGGCGCGGAGGAGAACUGCCUCGUCCUGGAUGAGGCGCGCAAAUAUUACUUCAACGAUGCCAACUGCAACCUCGUGUUCCAUCCCGUCUGCAUGGUUUUCAUCGACAUUUCCACGGCCCUUACCACCCAAGAUGAACAGCUGCUCGUCCCUCACGCAGAUAAACGCAAAGCGGGAGGCAGCAAUAUAUAUCGCAGUUCGUUCGUUUGGCAGUUUAUAUCGUGGCAAGAAGGCGAUGGCCGAGAGCUGAGGCCAAAUGAUUGCAAGUUGAUUGCACAUUUUUGGUUGUAUGACAGCCCCACAUACUUGCACGUUGCCAUCGCCAUGGACACUUUUGACCAGACUGUCUUUUCAGAGUGCAGCUCUCAGUGCGAAACAGGAUGGGUGGAGCUGAAUUCCAACUGCUUCUACUUCCACCAAGAGACCCGCAUGCCUUGGCAAGAUGCGAGGGGGUUCUGCCAGGAUCUCGGAGGAGGCGAUCUGGCCAUCAUUGACAAGCCCAACACGCUCAGGGAGAUCUACAAGUACCUCGUCAAAUACGACCUCCAUGAUCCUUUCUGGAUCGGCGGGAGCGACAUCAUGGCGGAAGGAAACUGGACUUGGAUCGACAAUUCUGAGAUCGCUCGCGGGACGCCAUUCUGGGCCCUUCACAACGGUCUCUUCGGCUGGUCGCACGAGCCCUCUGGUGGCAAUGAGGAGAACUGUCUCGCCCUGGAUGGCGAACGCAAGUUCUAUUUCAAUGAUCAUAAUUGCAAUGAUGUCCUCCACCCCAUCUGCAUGAUGCUCUAAAAAAAACAAUCUCUUAGUGAACUGCCGCACGCCAUCUCUAUUAAUGAAAAUUAGAGUGUGGUGUACAGUUAGCUAGCUCUACGCAAAGCCUUCCCUGAAAUGAAAGGAAAUUAAAUCC